AGGAGGAGGAAGAGGAGGAGGAGGAGCCGCGGCGCUCUGCCUGUGCGCCGGCCGCCGCUCGCUGGCUUUCCGGCCAUGAGCCCCCCGGUGCCGGGGGGCCCGGGGCGGGCGGGCGGUGGGCGCUGAGCGGGGAGCGAUGGCGAGGGCGGGGGGCGGCGGGUGCCGCAAGGAGGCUGCGGGCUGGGAGGGCGACGAGGGGCAGUGCGACUCCGGCAUCGAGUCCCUGCGCUCGCUGCCCGGCGGCCGGGACGCCCCGGCCGGCGUCGAGCCCCCGGUGUCCGCCGAGGAGCCCCCCGCGGAGAAGCGCCCCGCCGAGGAGCCCCCCGCCGAGGAGCGCCUGGACUCCAGCUACGGCUCCGGAGCCCUCCCCGAGGCGCUGCCCCGGCUGCCGGCAGCCUGCAGGGCCGAGGAGCCGCCGCCGCCAGCCGAGGGGCUGAGCCAGAGGCAGCUGGAGGCGCUCACCUUCGUCUCGGAGGAUGGCGACACGUUGGUUCACCUGGCCAUUAUCCACUGCGUCCCCGAUGUGGCUCUCUGCUGCAUUGCUCAGCUGCCCAGAGAGGUGCUGGAGAUCCAGAAUGACCUUUUCCAGACCCCGCUGCACCUGGCCGUGUACCUGGAGCAGCCCAGCGUGGUCAAGGCGCUGAUGCACAAGGGGGUCAACCCGGGGCUGCAGGACCGCAACGGCAACACCCCGCUGCACCUGGCCUGCGAGCAGCAGCGCCUCUACUGCGCCCAGCAGCUGCUGCAGGGCACGGCCGAGCCCCCCGAGCACCACCAGGACCUGCAGCUCCAGAACUGGCAAGGCCUGGCCUGUCUGCACAUCAGCACCCUGAAGGGGAACAUCCAGAUGAUGUCCCUGCUGCUGCAGAGCGGUGCCAACAUCGACGUGCAGGAGGGCACGAGCGGGAAGACCCCGCUGCACCUGGCGGUGGAGUGCCACAACCGCAGAGCCGUCCAGUUCCUGCUGCACAACGGAGCCUACGUGGACGCCCAGAUGUACAACGGCUGCACCCCGCUCCACCUGGCCGUGGGCCGCAAGGACGCCGCCAUCGCCGCCAUCCUCUCGCACUCCGGGGCUGACACCCUGCUGAGGAACAUGGAGAACGAGACGGCCCAGGACCUGGCUGACGGCAACGACGACCUCCUCGCCCUGCUGCCCUUCGACGACCUGAAGAUCUCGGGGAAGCCCGUCGUGUGCUCGGAAUGAGCGGCUGGACUCCUCGGCCCGGCGGGCAGCCUCCUCGCCCCGCGCUGUUGCCCUGAUGCCCGCCGGGACCUCGUCUGCCCGCAGUGCGGUGGGCGCGGAGCCAUGCUGGGAGACGUUUUACCCUCCCAGGAGAGAAGUGUUGUUGGCCUCAGGCUAUCUUCCUGGACGGCGGGAGGUGGCACCACGAGCACUACACAGGGAAGGCUUUUUUUUUUCUAGGCUUUGUGCCCAGCAGGGUCUGUGCUGCAGCCCAGCAGACUGAAUUUCCCCUCCCUGCCACGGGUCUGAAUUGAAGGGGUCCGCGGGCUCCAGCUUGCCCUGUGACGGAGCAGGAGAGGACUCCUGAUCACACUGCGCAGGGGACGGAGUGUCCUCUGGCACCCCAAACACCAGCAGAACAAGUGUGGGGUGAGCAGUUACCACUCGCUCUAAUAAACGUUUGUUCUGGCUGCGGGC